CCAUUCCAUCAUCCAUCUGAUAACAAUUUCUUAACUUACAUACCUCCCCAUUCCCCUUCUUCUUUCUCCCAUUCUUCUUGCCUCCAUCCUCUCCUCCAUCCAAAAAGUUCCACAUAGAAUCAUAGACAUAAUGGCUCCUCCCACGCCGGAAUGGGUCAAGCAAUUGACCCCCUCAGGUCCUCAGGGACACGAGCUCCUCGCCGCAGAGCGUGCCAGCUCCGACAUCCCCGUCGACCAACUCUCCACAUUGCUACACACCAAGGAAGUCCUUGACAGGAAACAGCAGAUUCUGACCAUCUUGAAGUCGGAGCCGGUCUUCGACAAGACCCAGAACUACUUCGCUGGCCGUACGGAGCGGUUCGAGACGGCGCUCGCCCGCGCAAAGAAGCUCGCGAACCUCAAGGUCAAGCACAACUGGAAUCUGGAUGAGUACAGGACCGCACAUGAUCUCAUCAGUGAACCUGGGCCGUAUGGUCUUCACGACAGCAUGUUCGUGAUCACUCUCGGCGAGCAAGGUACUCCGGAGCAACAGGAGCGCUUCCUCACCAAGGCACAGAAGUACGAGAUCAUUGGAUGUUAUGCCCAGACAGAACUUGGUCAUGGAUCCAACGUUCGUGGACUUGAAACCACUGCUACCUGGAGUCCAGAGGACAAGACAUUCAUCAUUCACUCUCCCCACCUCACCGCCAGCAAAUGGUGGAUCGGAUCUCUCGGACGAACUGCAAACCAUGCCGUUGUCAUGGCCCAGCUCAUCAUCAAUGGCAAGUCUUUCGGUCCUCAUCCGUUCGUGGUUCAGAUCCGCGACUUGAAGACUCACGAGCCACUUGAGAACGUCCAUGUUGGUGACAUCGGACCCAAGUUCGGUUACAACACCAUGGACAAUGGUUUCCUUCUCUUCAAUAAGGUCAAGAUCCCACAUGUCAACAUGUUGGCGCGUUUCUCUCGUGUUGACCCCGAGACCAACAAGUUUGUCCGCCAGGGCUCUCCAUCCUUGAUCUACGGCACAUUGACCUGGGUCCGUUCGACCAUCGUCAUGCAGGCCGGCAGCGUCUUGGCUCGCGGUGUUACCAUUGCUACCCGCUAUUGUGCUGUUCGACGCCAAUUCCAGGACCGCGAUGCUCCUGCGUCGGAGAAGUCGGAGAACCCAGUUCUCAACUACACCAUGGUCCAGAUCCGUCUGCUCCCUCUCCUUGCCGCAACAUUCGCCCUCCAUUUCACUGGAAAGGCCAUGAUGGAGCUCUACCAGGAGAACCAGAAGAGGAUGAAUGCCGGCAACGGCAACAGAGACUCCAGCAAGCGUGGCGCCGGCCCCGAGGAGACCCAGUCCGGCAGCGACAUUCUUGCCGAUCUGCACGCAUCGUCCUGCGGCUUGAAGGCUCUUUCCAGUACCAUUGCUGCCGAGGGUCUUGAGGUGUGCCGACGAGCAUGCGGUGGCCACGGAUACUCCAGCUUCAGCGGUAUCGGCCCCUGGUACUCCGACUACCUCCCCACCACGACUUGGGAGGGUGACAACUACAUGCUCACGCAGCAAGUCGCCCGCUACCUCCUCAAGUCCGCUCGCUCGGUCAUCAACAAGGAGCCCCCUACCAACGACACGACAACCAUUCUCACCGAGUUCCUCUCCCGCUCCGAAGUUGGCUGCGCCUUCGACAUCAUCGGCUCUGACGCCGACCUCGUCUCGGCCUUCGCCUGGCGCACAUCUUUCCUCACCUUCGAGGCGCUCAAGCACCGCGACCAGAACAAGAAGCCGUGGAACGACCUCCUCGUCGACUUCUACCGCCUCAGCAAGGCGCACUCGCAGUACACCGUCGUCAAGAACUUCUACAACGCCCUCCAAUCCCCGGCCGUGACAUCGCAGAUCCCAGCCUCGACGCUCGACGUCCUCCGCAAGCUCUUCCGCCUCUUCGCGCUCAACACCCUCGAGCAAGAGGGCUCCGAGUUCUACGCCUCGGGCGCCUGCUCCAAGCACCAGAUCUCCCUCGCCCGCACCAACACCGUCAUGAAGCUCCUCAAGGAGAUCCGGCCCCACGCCCUCCGCCUCGUCGACUCCUGGGCCUUCGACGACUGGGUGCUCGACAGCAGUCUCGGCCGCUACGACGGAAAGGUGUACGAGGACCUCUUCUACAGGGCCAGCGUCACCAACCCGCUCAACGGCAUCACGGUCGAUCCGUACCCCAGCAGCGACGUGCUGUUCAAGAAGGUCGAGGGGAUCGCCGCGAGGAGCAAGUUGUAGAUUAGGUGCGAAAAGUCGCUGUGUAUAUAUUUAGCUUUCGAUUUUCUUCUUGUCUUUUUUAACUAGAUUGGAGAAGGUCGGCAUUAUGGUAGAUGAAAGAUUGUAUCAUGGACAGAUAGCAUUAUGCAUUUAAGAAGUACGCUUAAGGAAAGAUCUAGAAAUACUAAAGUAUUUAAUUAAGAAG